GCGAAACCAUGACCAUAGUAUGUGACAACAUUUCUAAAAUAUUUUCAUCUAAUUAGUAUGUGCUUUUGAUACAGUUUUUAAUUAUUGAAUCUGUGUCAUGGAAGAUUUGAAAUUCAAAUUUCUCGGACUUAUAAAUAAGCAGAAUCAGGUAAAAGUUCCUUCAAUGGGCCUACAUCCUGAUCUUCUGAAUCCUGUAGAAGUUGAAAAAGUCGAUAGCGAUCCUUCCGGCGGUGACCAUUCUUACAAAAGUGAUUUGAUCCUUGACCAGAAUUUAUUAGAAGCUGUAGAACAAGCUUAUUAUGGAACAGACGUGAAUUUUGAUCCUCUUAGAUAUGAGCUUAAUAAACUAUCGCCAACUUUAAAUUCCAAGGAAAUAGAGCAACGCUAUAAAAGACUGAAACAGCAACAUGACGUUGUGUCAAAAACAGUCUUGAGGCUUAUAUUACGAAAACAAAACGCUUGUAAAGGUGAAUUUGAAAAAGUCUUGAUGCUUCAAAAACAGCUUCAGGAUAUGAUAAACAUUUGCAGAGUUGGAAGAACUGACUUACUUGUGGCGAAAAGUCAGUUUACAACAACUGGUUUAGGUGUUUUAGCAAAUUAUCGCAAGCGAUUAGUCGUUCAAGAAUUAUUAAGUAAUCUCAGUACAAUUAAGACAUUACAACAAACGGAAGAUCAUUUACAAGAACUCCUAAAUGAAGGGAAUUAUCCUGGUGCAAUUUCAUUAGUAUUAGAAUGUCAGAGUGCUGCCAUUACUUACAAGCACUUUAAUUGCAUAGCAGUAUUAGAAGAAAAGCUUCAAGACGUUUUAGAACAAACCGAAGAAGAAUUAGAUGUAAUGCUUUCAAAAAUGUGUACACAAUUUGAUAUGACGACAUACUCAUCGAUUCAAGGAGCCUAUAAAUUACUGGGAAAAAUGCAAACUGCAAUGGACCAACUCCAUAUGUAUUUUACCGCUGCCAUUCAUAAUACUGCUUUUGCAGCGGUUUAUCGACAUGUGUCAGGAGAUAUGAAAAAGCCUUACAAAGAAUUAUGUCAAUCUGUUUCCGAUGACAAAUUUAUACCUUGCUUGAUAGAUCUGUGCAAGUCACUUUGGACUAUACUGACAUCGUACUAUUUAGUCGUUAAUUGGCACAAUAAAUCCAAAAUGCAUAAGAAUUGUGAUGCAAGUAAAAAGGAUGCAGAAGCAACUUUCAAUAAGCAGUAUAUUGACCAAAAAUUAGAAAAUGGCAUGGUGCGGAUAUGGCAUGACAUAGAAAUGAAAAUAUCUACCUAUCUGAUAGGAACUGAUUUGACAUGUUUUCCAUUUGAACAUUUUGUUCAGAUCUUAGGAAUUGUUCAUAGGCUUAUGGAAGUUGGAGAAGAAUUGUGUGCAAGCCGCUCUGAAAGUCUUCAGAAAUCUAUACGAAAACAAUGUUUAUCGUUUUUCUCACAUUAUCAUGCAUCCCGUUUAGAUGAACUAAGGAUAUUUCUGGAAAAUGAUGGUUGGAAAUUAUGUCCUGUUAAGACUAACUUCACGGCAAUUCAACUCCAAGAAUUUCGAAGUUUGAAUUCUGUCUUUAACAACAGUGAAGUGCGAAGCAGUCCAGAAGGUUUGAAUUUUUAUGAAAAUGAUAAUUCUGGUGGAUGGCUACAGAGAUGUGUCGAAUGUGGGGUUUCGCCAUUUGAGGUUUCUCUGGAUGAGACAAUCGAUGAAGAUAUAUUGGCUAUCAUACCGGAUGAUCCAUCAGAAUACUUCUCGGAAGACUCCGAUGAUGAGUUGCCGGAAGAACUCAAGCGGGAAUAUGUAGAAGAAUCAGACCAUUUGAAAGUGACUCGAAAGAAAACCAAAGUUAAACAUAUCGGUCCUAUGGUUACAAACACUACGUUGAGCAUACUCAGGGUAUGUGGCAGAUAUUUACAAAUGUCACGAUUACUACAAUCAAUUGCAGUAGCUGUUAUUCAGAGCAUGAUUGAAUUCUUUGAGUUGUGCUUUUAUGCAGUACAUUCAUUCUUCACAGCUGAUCUUCAAAUUAAUGGUGACUUAUUGUACAGCCCAAAAUUGAAGUUAACACUAGCGCGAAUCAAAGAGAAUUUAAUCGUCAGUGAACACAUUACAGAAGAGGUUGUAAGUCAGAAAUAUAAAGUUAUACCACCAAAGCUUUCAUCUACCGUUAAUUUAAAACAACCGGAAAAGGUGUAUGGUCUGGCUGAACGUAUAGUAGCAGUGGAAUCGUUGUUAUUUCUCAGACAACAGUUUAUUAGUCUAAGGCCUUAUUUAGAACAUCUAACGGAUGGGUCGCAGCAUGAAUUCUUACAUCAAUUUUAUACCCAGACACUGAUUUCAGCAGUUGACUUAAGGAAACCAAUUUAUAUGGCUGCGAUAUCCCAAGCAUUUGAUACGAAUGCUAUUUUAAAUUCCAUGAGUAAAGUGAAUUGGGAAGUUCAAGAUGUUAUGUCACAGCACAGUGCCUAUGUCGACACUUUACUUUAUGAUGUGCAAGUAUUAAGUACAAGGCUUGCCGAGCUGGGAAGCCGUGUACCGUUAUCACGAGAAGUGUCUGACUUGAUAUGGGAGAACGUUGCUCAACUUGUAGCAUGCACAUUAGUUGAAGGUUUUUCAAAUGCUAAAAAAUGUACAAAUGGAGGUAGAGCUCUUAUGCAGCUUGAUUUUACUCAACUAAGAUCAAAGUUUGAAAAAUUAACCGCUCUAAGGCCAAUGCCUCAUUCACAAUUUGUUGAGCAAUACGUAAAGGCUUUCUAUUUACCCGAAAUUAGUCUAGAAGAAUGGGUGCAGGAACAUAAGGAGUAUACAUUGAAGCAUUUAACCGGCUUAAUUUCAUGCACCUGUCAAAAUAGUAAAAAGGCACGACAACGAUUAAUGGCUCUCAUAGAAGAGCAACGCAUUAAUAGGUAACCAUGAGUGUGGAAUUUCGUGUACGUAUUA